GUGUGAGGAGGUGGUGGACGAUGGCGGUUGGCGUUGGCUUUCUCUUCUCUCUGACUUUGCUGAUAGUUUGUGGCCGCGGAACCCGCGCCCCCCCCGGGAGUGCCGGGCCCCGCGGGACCCCCGUCUGCCCGUCCGAGGACAACGGGAGACCGAUGACUGAAUUCAGAUACGAAGACUGUUCGGCAGGAGGUGAUUUGAAGGGCGAGCAACCAAUUGAUAAAGUCCAAAACUUCUGCUUCAUCCAAAAUGUUCAGGACAGCCUGGCGGCAGUUCGCGUUCAGUGGAAUCCAAGCCCCUUGGGUAUUGAAUAUCUCCAAGGCUUCAAAAUAAUUCUACAAGAAGCUAAACUGGAGGGGGCUCCAACACUGUGUCAGCUGCUGGUUUUGGAAGAACGAAGACAGCUGAAGAAUUUCAACAGGACACUUGUAAUGAAAUCCCAUCCAUUUCGAAGCUUGAAGUUUAAGACUCUGUAUAAUGUGCAGAUUUUACCCUUCCCCAACCUGGUGCAGGAUAACAGUGACACCUUCCAAUUUGAGAUUGAAUCUUGUGAAAACCUGCUGAAAAGGGAUAAUUUGGCCUGCAGAAAAUAUUGGUCCCCAAAGAACCUAAGUGUCACUCAACCAUACCAGUCAACAGACCUAAACGUGACCUUUGACCCCGCCCCGCUCACUUACGGAUUUAAAGCUUACCACAUCCGCUGUAAAAUGGUGAAUACUGUUUUCCACAAGGACAAAAACAUCUCUGUGGACAAUAACAUGACGACUGUAAGUUAUGUGUUUCAGGAUCUGUACCCAGGACACUAUGUGGUUGAGGUAACAGACUCUGGCAACAGCAGUGGGAAGCUGGUUAAUUUCACAGUAAAACCAGUGCAUUUCCCGUGGGCUGGGCCUAUCCGAGCGAUUGCCAUCACUGUUCCGCUGGUCGUCGUGUCUGCCAUAGUCACUCUCCUCACCGUGCUCUGCUGUAAGAAACAGCAAAACCCAGUGUAUUCGGAAUUGGACGAGGAGAACUCGGAGACCUCUCCUUCCCCUCGCUCUAAACCCAAGGUGUUUAUCUGCUACUCCAGUAAGGACGGCCACAGGCACCUGAGUGUGGUGCAGUGUUUUGCGUUUUUCCUGCAAGAUUUCUGUGGCUGUGAGGUUAUCUUGGAUUUAUGGGAGCAUUUGGAGAUCUGCAAGGAAGGACAAAUGGAUUGGUUGAACCAGCAGAUCAGGGAAUCCCAUUAUGUCAUCGUCAUCUGUUCGAAGGGUAUGAAGUACUUUGUGGAAAAGAAACACCGUAAACACAAAGGUGGUUUGAGAGAUGGACGAGGAGAGCUGUUUAUUGUAGCCGUGUCUAUGAUCGCGGAAAGACUACGUCAGGCACGGCUGAACUCCGCCAACACCUCCAAGUUCAUCGCUCUUUACUUUGACUAUUCCUGUGAAGCUGACAUCCCGGGUGUCCUGGACUUGGCCUAUAAAUACAAACUGAUGGAACAUUUCCCUCAGCUCUAUUCUCAUUUACACGCUCGAGAUCACAGUGGAGCAGAGCGAGAGCCACACUCCGUCCACAUCAGCAAAAGCAACUACUUCCGGAGUAGAUCAGGACGCUCUCUCUACAUCGCCAUUUGUAACAUGAAGCAGCUGAUGGAGCAGGAGCCAGACUGGUUUCAGAAGCAGCUGAUGCCAACUGUACCCUCGCUGGCACAUCACCGAGCACCAGUGCGGGUGGACUCUGGGCUGGUGUUGAAUGAGGUGGUUUUUAAGCAGCCGGUAACUGAGCACGAUUUCCACCUGAAAACCAUCGCCGACGUCACUCCCACUACCCUGGGCUCCCACCCCAUCAUCAUUCAGCACUUGAGCAUAUGUGGAGAUCUAGACAUUGCUGAGCAGCAGGAUGCCCGCUCACUGCUCAGGCCCCUGCCCCAGAGAGUAGAGGCCAUAUCCCUCACUCUCCCAGAAAUGCCUCGUGACUCGGGCAUCUAUGACUCGUCUAUUCCUUCCUCAGAAUUGUCGCUGCCCCUAAUGGACGGUCUGUGUUCUGACCAGACAGAGACCUACUCCAUAGCAGACAGUGUCUCCUCCUCGUCGGGCUUAGGAGAAGAAGACCCACCAGUUCUCAUGGCACCAAAAUCAGCAGUUUCUGAAGUGUGUAAGGUAGAGCUAGACAAACACAUACAUUCAGUCAUGGUAUCGCUAUAACCCACAUACCCCAGGCUGUGCAUUGCCACUUUACCACCAAAGCCAAACAAUAAACUCUGAGCUUGUAGCUAUGUACGUUGCAUCUAAUCAAUCAGAAAUGGCAGAUCCUUUACUGAAGAAUUGAAGGAAUCAGUUAUAUUGAGGGAACUGAGUCCUCUUUUAUGCAUUUAACGUAUUGUGGUCAAAUUGUAGUAAACUUGUCACAUUUCAUCAAUGGUUGGGAGCAAAGGGGUCAACGUUCCUCACUGGAACCAGUGCUGUGUUUGGCAUCUAUUGGCCUUGACCAAGGCUGUGUAAUGGGGUAUUUUACCUCCAACAUUAUACUGUAGCUUAUCUCGAUCAAAGUUUUACAUUAAUCUGAAGCUUGAAUUAAACCAAUAUGAGAAAAACACUCAUGCAAAUGAUCAGCUGCUUGAGGGGGGAAGAGGAGCAGAAAACUCGAUUCAGCUAGUUUAGAAACUCUGUUCCAAUACAUUAGUUAUUGGAAAAGAAAAUCUGUCAAAACUUUAUUUGAAAGAACAAAUUUUUGGGCAUCGGUGAUGUAACAAAUUGUUUUAAUCUAGGAAUCCAUCAAUUUGACUGAGAUCCAGGUUUGAUAACUGCAUUGUUCUGUAUUGUCCGCAAACACUAUACUGGUGCUUUGAACAUUUUCUUGAUUGUGUGAUAUUAAUCACAUUUUGUUUGAUUAUGGAGAGUUCACUUGGCUAACUGCCAGCAAACAUUGAUGCCAGUGUUCAAUUUAAUGGUAUUUCAUUGAUUUCAUUUGGCAAAUUUAAAAGUAGCACUACGAAAAUACCAACCCUGUGUAGCUGAGGUCAAUUGUAAAAAAAUGUGCAAUUUUAUUCUUACUAUUUCAUGAGGUCGGGAGGCCAGAGGUGACAGAUAUAUUUGGACUUAGAUUAAUAUGGGAUCUGCAUUUAUGGAAGACAAAGCAAUGCAUAAUAGGGAAAUGAACACAAACUGUACAAUAGUACCUACCUUCUAUCCCCAGCAAUAAUGCUUAAGAAUUUACUAUUAUUCAUUAACCUUUUGUGAUGUGAAUCUGUUCUUUUUGUUUUUUAAAAAAAUUCAAUUACAGACUCCAAACUUCUACUUUCUAUGGUAGAAAAAUCUAAUGCUGUUUUACAUCUGAGAAACAACUGAAGUCGAGUUAUGUUUAGACUGUGCAUAAUCAAAGUUUGAAAAAUGUUUUACUGCUUUAGCUGUGUAAGACUGUUAAAAGGAGCAGUCCUUCACAAGUGGAUUCCCAGACAUUAACAUUUCUGUAGUAAUAAUCUCGAAUGGUUCUCUGGCAGCAAGCUCCCUGCGACUCCUGCUAUUUGUCACCAAACAUGAGUGAAAUUUCACCUACCUCAUGCCUACUGAUCCCAUUCGACUACAUUGAGAUAUGGUGGCAGCUUAUACAAUGUACUGAUAAUUGUGUUGGGGCUCAAUUUGUUUUACAACUUGAAAUUAGACCUUUAUUCAGAUCCCAUCUUAAGAUCUGAAGUAGGGAAUUCUGUACAGUAUUCAUUCAGUUGCUUGAACGCUGCACUCAUUUUGUUUUGCAAUGCUCCUUUGCUUCAGUCUAGAUGUAUUUAGUGACGACUAUACUAUUAGUUAAAUCAGCCUUUGACAGAUCAUUAGUUUUGAAUAGCAGCAAAACAAACCAGAAUAUCCAUUGUACUGUUUAUUACUGAACUUCCACAGGGCACGACAAUUGUGAUAUAUAACCACUGCAAUUAAUGCAUUAACUCAAGCAAUGACCAGCCUGAAACCUGCAUUAACUUUAACUACUAAAAUAGAAAUUACAUUCUCUAGUUUAAGCUAUUCAGCUUUAAGGACACUUUUCUGUCAUGUUCAUAUGUGGCUUAAAAUUGUAAUGAAAUAUUCAAAAAACAUUUGGCAGAUAAUUAAGGACGAAAGCUGCCUUAUUGGAGGGUCGGAGUUAAAAUGUAAUGGAAAAGUUGACUGGAAAUGGACGUACUGUAUAAAGGGAUUUUUGGGGUUCACUUAUUUAACCCUCAAGGGGUGGUUUGAUUGACUGUGGAACAUAAUGUGAGAUUGAUGUGCUCAGGUGUCUGCUGGGACACCAAUGCCUCUACACUUUGGAACAGUAUGAAUUCAACAUUGUGUUUCUAUUCCAUGGAUCCUAAGGAGCCUGUAUAAUCCAGUCUACUGAAGUCCAUCCGUUAGUUUCCUACAAAGCUCCACAUUAUUUGACAGCUUUAUUUACUGUGUAACUUUUACAUUUCAUAUUGUUUUUGAGAAUCAAUGUAAUUGUACAAAGACUUUGUAGUCUACGUUUUAUAAAAAAAAUUUACGUUACUUGUUUAUGUAUUUUUUUACAUGAGCUGUAAAUUAGCCUACUGGAGAACACUAUCUGCUGUUUUGUCUUUUUUUUCUGUAUUGUAGUGUUUAAACAAA